GAUUCACUUUUUAAAGAGAUAAUUUGCACGCACAAUGGAGGAUGAUCAUUGUAAUAUAAGUCUGGCGAAGCUUAAGAGCAGAGGUCUGACUCCGCUCUACCCCAGUAAUAUGAAUCCCGUCAAAGAGAACCCGUCCGACUUCCUGAUCUGCGGAGGAACUACAUAUGUCCCAGAAGAUGGUAUAACUGGGGCUCAGCUGAUGUCUGGUGGGGAUGGGUUGACCUACAAUGACUUCAUUAUUCUACCCGGAUAUAUUGAUUUCCUGCCGGGGGAGUGUGAUCUUACAUCAGCUUUCACUAAGAAAAUCACGAUUCGGUCCCCUCUAGUUUCCUCUCCCAUGGACACCGUUACAGAGGCAAGCAUGGCGAUUGCAAUGGCGUUGGGCGGCGGUAUUGGGGUUAUUCAUCAUAAUUGCACCCCAGAAUACCAGGCCCACCAGGUUCAGAAGGUGAAGAAGUAUCAGCAUGGUUUUGUUCUGGAUCCUAUAACUCUCAGUCCAGAACAUACGGUUGGAGAUGUUGUGAACGUGAAGAGAAGUCAUGGAUUUACUGGUAUACCUGUCACAGAGUCAGGACGGAUGGGAUCGGUCCUGGUCGGUAUAGUCACCAGCAGGGACAUUGAUUUUAUUAUCGAGAAAGGAGAAGAGGCCCAGAAAACUAAACUCGGUGAGAUAAUGACCGGCAAGAAGGACCUGGUGACUGCAACGGCCGGCAUAACCCUACGCGAGGCAAACAGGAUUCUAGAAACCUCUAAGAAGGGAAAACUUCCCAUUGUCAACGAUGACGGAGAAUUGGUUGCUCUGAUUGCAAGAACAGAUUUGAAGAAAUCCCGUGAAUUCCCCCACGCCAGCAAAGAUGAGAAUAAUCAGCUGCUCUGCGCUGCAGCAAUUUCUACUAGGAUUAAUAUGAUCCGUUGUAUCAAGGAGAAAUAUACUAAUAUGCAGAUUAUUGGAGGGAAUGUAGUAACUGCCUCCCAAGCUAAGAACCUGAUAGAUGCUGGAGUUGACGGGUUAAGGGUUGGGAUGGGGAGUGGAAGUAUCUGUAUCACCCAGGAGGUUAUGGCAGUGGGCAGACCUCAGGGUACAGCUGUAUACAAGGUUGCGGAGUACGCCCGACGGUUUGGAGUUCCUGUGAUAGCAGAUGGAGGAGUUCAAUCUGUUGGUCAUAUUAUGAAGGCGUUGUCUCUGGGUGCUAGUUCUGUGAUGAUGGGUAGUUUACUGGCUGGUACUACUGAAGCACCUGGAGAUUAUUUCUACCAGGAUGGAGUAAGGCUAAAGAAGUAUCGUGGAAUGGGAAGCCUUGAGGCAAUGGAACAGAAGGGUGGAGGAUCAGCUGCCAUGGAGAGGUAUUUCCACAAGGAGAGUGAUAAUGUGAAGGUUGCUCAGGGUGUAUCCGGGUCCAUUGUAGACAAGGGAUCUGUCCUCAGAUAUCUACCCUAUCUAGCCAGAGGGUUGCAACACGGCUGUCAGGAUAUCGGAGCUCGGAGUCUCUCAAUCCUCCGAUCCAUGAUGUACUCCGGAGAGCUCAAGUUCGAACGAAGAACUCCCUCCUCCCAAUACGAGGGAGGAGUUCACUCCCUUCACUCAUUCGAGAAGCGUCUCUACUAGCUAGAGACCCCCAGCAGUUCGGUUACAGGGUGAGGAGGAUUAAACCGGAGCUGGAGUAGAUGUAGAUCCUCAUUGCACACCCUGUACUAUCUCUCUCUGCACAAUUAUACUCGUGGCAAUAAAUGUACUCAUUAUUGAAAAGGAGAAAAUUCCGCAACUUUCCGACACUUUUUGCGGAUUUUUCGGAAUUUUCUCCUGUUUCAAUCUUAAUGUUUCAAACGCAUAUUAAAAUCAAUUGGUCGUUGUUUACUAACUCUAUUUUUCUACAUUUCGAUUGAUAUGUUCUCUAUCUGGAGCUUUGCUGUAUGAAGAAGCAACAAAAAAUCUCAUUUUGAUCUCCAUUUAUUAUUUUAUACUUUUCAUACCGACAUAAUGAAUUCGACAAAUGGUGCCAAACAUUACAUGAAUUUUUUUUAUUUUUAUACUUCAUACUAAAUUUUUGUUUAUUACUUUAGUUAAUUUAGUUCAAUUCAUUUACAUUCUAUAAAAUUAGUUACAUUUUACACUUAAUAAUAUUGUUUCAUUUGAUAAAUUAAUGUUAAGAUAUUGAAUGGUAUUGAUAAAAAAAUAUUCUAGACAUUUUUCAAUCUUAAUUAUUCAUACCGGUCCGAUUGCAAAAGAUGGCGAAAAAGAAUGUUUACAUGACGAAAUCUCAAUAAAUGUCGAUUUAUUUUCCAUUUCAUGUUUUCAAGAACAUCAACGAGAACAAAUCGCAAGAAAAUUCAUAAAUGCAAACAUCUAAUUUUAAAUUUUUUGUUGUGAAUUCGCAAAAUUCUUAAUUCCAUGAUUUCCUCUCAUUGAAUUAAUAUUAAGAUACAAUUUAAAAAAGAUGUUUCUAGAAUAUUUUUUAUCUUCGUUGCAUAACUUGUAUUAAACCCGGAGCAUAAUCUUUAAUUUAAUCCAUGUAGAAAAAAAUGGCACCUCCCUCCUAGUUAUAGAUAGUCAGGUUAGAUGACAUGCAUUGCGUUGGAGGAAAUUAAAGAACGUUCAUUGCGUUGAAGGAAAUUAAAGAACAAAGGUAUGAGAUCCUGGUUGAUUUUCAGAAUCCUAGAUCAUCAAUUCUACUGAAGGAGUAGAAUCAUACUCUUCCAUCUAGAUCUCUUGGAGUAGAUGGAUAUCUCACUAUCUCUAGGUGUAGAAUAUACCUGAAGAAACUUCUUCAGAACAUUCUCUAGAUCUCUUGGAGUAGAUUGUUAUUUCACAAUCUCUAGGUGUAGAAUAUACCUGAAGAACCUUGUCAAGAAUUACAAUCUCCAAGACAAGAUACUUCAGACCAUCUCCAGGAUAAAAA